AUGGUCGUAGAAACGGAGGCAGCGACUGUAGAGCCUGGGUUUACUAUCGUAAUUGUGGAUUCGGAUCUCAAAAAUGUGUUUGUGGAUCUUGGAUUUGUUAUGGCAACAGAAGAGCUUGAAACAGAGGCUGUGAAAAUUGACCCUGGCAUUGUGACAGUCGAGCUCAGUAUACUGAUACUAGAGCGUGAAAUGGUAAUUUCUGAGCUCCCAAUACUAUUCGUCAUCCAGAUCUGUGUGGGUGUAGUUCCCGCGAUUAUCGUUGUCACUCUUGAGAUAACCAUAGUGGUGGACUGGCCACCGGGAGUGACUGGUGUUGAAUAG